UGCAGCACCCCCUGGGACCCGCCAGCCCGCAGCUCCCCCCGGGGUGGCCAGGAAGGCAGCUGCCGGGAAGUGCAGCAGGAAGGACAUGCAGCUGCUGGUGGCCCUGCUGGGGGUCCUGCUGGGGGCACCCAGGGCUCCAGCCUUGUCCCUUGAGACCUCUGAGGACAUGGAACUGGAGCCCUGUGAGGCCCCCAGCCUGGAGCGACAAGAGCAGGAGCUGACGGUGACCCUCGGGCAGCCUGUGAGGCUGUGCUGUGGGGGGGCCGAGCGUGGUGGCCACUGGUAUAAGGAAGGAGGGGCUGGCCGGGUGCGGGGCUGGAGAGGCCGCCUGGAGAUUGCCAGCUUCCUCCCCGAGGAUGCUGGCCACUACCUCUGCCUGGCACGGGGGUCUCUGAUCAUUCUGCACAACCUCACCUUGGUGAUGGAUGACUCCUUGACCUCCAGCGAUGACGAGGGGGACCCCAAGGCCCGCAGGGACUCCUCGGACAGACGUGUUUACCCCCAGCAAGCACCCUACUGGACACACCCCCAGCGCAUGGAGAAGAAGCUGCACGCAGUACCUGCUGGGAACACCGUCAAGUUCCGCUGUCCAGCUGCAGGCCACCCCCAGCCCACUAUCCGCUGGCUCAAGGAUGGACAGACCUUUCACGGGGAGCAGCGCAUUGGAGGCAUUCGGCUGCGCCACCAGCACUGGAGCCUGGUGAUGGAAAGCGUGGUGCCCUCGGACCGUGGCACGUACACCUGCCUCGUGGAGAACGCCCUGGGCAGCAUCCGCUACAGCUACCUGCUGGACGUGCUGGAGCGGUCCCCGCACCGGCCCAUCCUGCAGGCGGGGCUCCCGGCCAACACGACGGCGGUGGCGGGCAGCGACGUGGAGCUGCUGUGCAAGGUGUACAGCGACGCGCAGCCCCCCAUCCAGUGGCUGCAGCACCACGCGUCGGUUCAUCUGUGCAUAUGUCUGCCUGUGAGGGCAGAAGAGCGCCUCCCGUGGACGGCGGCAGCCCCCGAGGCCAGGUACACGGACAUCGUCCUGUACGUGUCGGGCUCCCUGGCUCUGGCUGUGCUCCUGCUGCUGGCCGGGCUGUACCGUGGGCAGGCGCUCCACGGCCGGGACCCCCGCCAGCCUAUGGGGGUGAUGAGGCUGAUUGGCCGGCACAGGAACAUCAUCAACCUGCUGGGCGUCUGCACCCAGGAAGGGCCCCUGUACGUGAUCGUGGAGUGUGCCGCCCAGGGGAACCUGCGGGAGUUCCUCCGCGCCCGGCGCCCGGGCCCCGACAGCCUGGACGGGCCGCGGAGCAGCGAGGGGCCACUGUCCUUCCCGGCCCUGGUAUCCUGUGCCUACCAGGUGGCCCGAGGCAUGCAGUACCUGGAGUCGCGGAAGUGCAUCCACCGAGACCUGGCUGCCCGCAAUGUGCUGGUGACCGAGGACAGCGUGAUGAAGAUCGCCGACUUCGGGCUGGCCCGCGGCGUGCACCACAUCGACUACUACAAGAAAACCAGCAACGGCCGCCUGCCUGUCAAGUGGAUGGCUCCCGAGGCCUUGUUCGACCGGGUCUACACACACCAGAGCGACGUGUGGUCAUUCGGGGUCCUGCUCUGGGAGAUCUUCACCCUCGGGGGCUCCCCGUACCCCGGUGUCCCGGUGGAGGAGCUGUUUGCGCUACUCCGGGAAGGCCAUCGCAUGGACCGGCCCCCGCAAUGCCCCCCAGAACUGUACGGGCUGAUGCGCGAGUGCUGGCACGCGGCCCCCUCACAGAGGCCCACCUUCAAGCAGCUGGUGGAAGCGCUGGACAAGGUCCUGCUGGCCGUCUCCGAGGAGUACCUCGACCUCCGCCUGACGUUUGGCCCCUACUCCCCUGCCGGGGGGGACGCCGGCAGCACCUGCUCCUCAAGUGACUCUGUCUUCAGCCACGACCCCCUGCCACUGGGGCCCAGCUCCUUCCUCUUCCCCGAGGUGCAGACGUGAGCAGGGACACACGAUUGCACAGCACUGAGCGGUUCUGGACCACCCCGGCUCCUGCUGUUUGUCCCAGUAUCUUGGUAAAGGGAUAUUGGCCCCUGUGCCCCUGAGAGGCCGGAAGCAUGCCGAAAACACAGAAGCAAACAGCAUUUUAUAAAUUAUUUUUUGAAAUAAA